AAAAACAAAAAUGCUAAUAGCAAGAGAAAAGUAAUAAGAGACGUGAACGCGAAGAUAAGCAACGGAUAAACCGAUUCGAAGAAAAUCCAGAAGUAAAAGGGAAACAAAAGGCAAACAAUGGCAGUCCUUUCGUCUUCUCUAAAUCUUCCCAUUUCGUCGCCCAUUACUUCUCCAAAUUGCAGUUAUUACCUCAAUUCCUCAACUCUCUUUCACCAACCUCCUUCUCGUCGGUUUCACAUCAGACCACUUGCAGCUUCACACGUCUGUUCGCCACACGAAGUCGACAAAUCGUCGCUGAUAAUCACCGAAGCAGAGGCGGAGGAUGAGCUCUGGGCCGCCUCCCGCCUCCGUGUCCGUUCCUUCUACCAGUUCGAGCCGUCCACUUUUGGCAUCCAAGAUCAUAAAAAGUACUUGGCGGAGCGCGAGUUUGAAGCAGUAAAGGAGCGUAUUUCUGGCAAGAGGACAGGCUUUAACAGAGUUUCUUGCAUAAAUGCAACCCUUCCAGUAUCACAAUUAUCAGGAUUGUAUCAAGAGUUAGGCGCUGAAUGUAAGUUUAAUAGCAAUGGACAAGAUCGAGCAGUAGUGGCAACCCUUGAUCUUAAUCAAUGUCUAAGACUACCGGAUGAAAUAACUGGAAAGAAACCUGAGGGGAUUGGAGCUGAUUUUGCAAGGGCAUACCUGAGCAACGUAUGUGUUGCCAACGAACUGCAGAGACAAGGCCUGGGUUAUAAACUUGUUGCAAAGUCAAAAAUCGUAGCUCAAGGAUGGGGUGAGAACACAUCACUUUUGGCAUAACAGACCUAUAUGUCCAUGUGGCUGUUGAUAAUGAACCAGCAAAGAAGUUAUACACAAAGAGUGGUUUCAUAUACGAAAACGAUGAGCCUGCAUGGCAAGCAAGAUUUCUUGAACGGCCGCGCAGGCUUCUACUAUGGAUAAGUCUUGCUGGUGCACAGGAACUGUAAUGGUACAGUACCAAUGUAUCCUGUAUUUUCUUGUGCACCCACCUUUUUAUUCUUUACGUGUCUAUAGAUUCUCUAGCACCAAACAUAGUGCCUCUCUUUUUUUAAACUAUAACUUGUAAAGUGAAAUUAUAACCAUUUUUAGCAUGAAAAUAAUGGUUAACACUGUCAGUCUGUUCAUUGCAGUACUUGAUUUGAUGAAA